CCUCCUUCUCCCUUCUCCCUCUCCUCCUCCUCUUUUCCUCCUCCUCCACCUCCCUCUCCCCCAUCCUUCGGGUGUUCUCCCAACCGAUUUAUCCUCGUGGCCAAGAAGGCCUCUCCGGGGGGUCUUGGGCUCUGAGUCUUGCUCUCCCCUGCUCCUCCCACCCCUCGACCCUUACCACCCCCCCCAACCCCCCGACCCCGUGCCCUGGCACCCCGGGAUAUGGCACUGCCCGAUCACCCGCGCCCCGGGCCUCCCCGGCCCAGGAAAGUUCGCCAGAGGCGAGAGAUGCUACUACACCAAGUUGGCUUCGUCUGUGCGAUCCUCUCCACGGCCUGGGUUGCUUCCAGCCUGCUCGAUCAUGAAAUUUCUACAAACAACCGGGCUUUACCUGAAAUGUGGAGGAAUAGAAAGCUGAUGGCAUCAAGUAAUGGAACUCAAACAGCAAAGAAUUGCACGGAUCCUGCAAUUCAUGAGUUUCCCACAGAUGUAUUUUCCAACAAAGAACGGCAGCAUGGUGCAGUCCUGCUCCAUAUUCUUGGUGCACUUUAUAUGUUCUAUGCUUUGGCUAUAGUGUGUGAUGACUUCUUUGUUCCAUCUUUGGAAAAAAUUUGUGAGAGACUACAUCUGAGUGAAGAUGUGGCUGGAGCUACUUUUAUGGCAGCAGGAAGCUCAACCCCGGAGUUGUUUGCCUCCGUUAUAGGUGUAUUCAUCACUCACGGAGAUGUAGGUGUUGGGACCAUUGUGGGUUCAGCUGUUUUCAACAUCUUGUGUAUAAUUGGAGUGUGUGGACUAUUUGCGGGACAGGUUGUUCGUCUGACGUGGUGGGCAGUGUUCCGAGACUCGGUGUAUUACACCCUCUCUGUCAUCGUCCUGAUUAUUUUCAUAUAUGAUGAAGAAAUUGUGUGGUGGGAAGGCCUCAUACUCAUCAUUAUGUAUGCAUUUUACAUACUAAUAAUGAAGUAUAACUUGAAGAUGCAAAACUUUUUCACCAUCAAACAAAAACACAUUGCAAAUGGCAACACAGUCAGCAAUGAGCUGGAGGAUGUGAAGGACAAACCUCAGUACAGCCAGACAUCGGUGGUCAUGGUGGACGAGAUCCUCUGCUCCAGCCCUCCAAAAUUCAGCUUCCCCGAGGCCGGAUUACGCAUAAUGAUUACGAAUAAAUUUGGGCCCCGGACCAGGCUACGGAUGGCAAGCAGGCUCAUCAUUAAUGAGCGACAAAGACUGAUCAGCUCUGCUAAUGGGGUGAGCAAGCCGCUCCAAAAUGGGAAACAUGAGAACAUUGAAAAUGGAAAUGUGCCUGUGGAAAACCAAGAGGAACUGCAGCCGGAGCAGCAGCAGCAGCAGCAGCAGCAGCAGGCAGAGCCCGAUGUGCCUGAAAAUACGUUUCUCUCCCCAUUUUCAAUGCCAGAGGCAGGACUGGAAAAGGUGAAAUGGAUAUUUAGCUGGCCGCUGAUAUUUCUCCUGUUUAUUACCAUCCCGAACUGCAGCAAGCCACGCUGGGAGAGGCUCUUUAUGAUCACCUUCAUUUUCUCUACCUUGUGGAUUGCGGUGUUUUCAUACCUCAUGGUGUGGCUGGUGACUAUUAUUGGAUACACCUUUGGGAUCCCUGAUGUGAUCAUGGGCAUUACUUUUCUCGCCGCGGGGACCAGCGUGCCAGACUGCAUGGCCAGUUUAAUAGUAGCAAGACAAGGCCUUGGCGACAUGGCAGUGUCCAACACCAUUGGAAGCAACGUAUUUGACAUCUUAGUGGGCCUUGGAGUACCGUGGGGAUUGCAGACUAUGGUUGUGAAUUAUGGAUCCACUGUGAAGAUAAAUAGCAAAGGACUGGUCUACUCAGUUGUGCUUUUGCUGGGAUCUGUAGCACUUACUGUGCUUGGGAUCCAUCUAAAUAAGUGGAAACUCGACAAGAAACUUGGCAUCUACGUGUUGGUCCUGUAUGCCGUUUUCUUGUGCUUUUCGAUAAUGAUAGAGUUUAAUGUCUUCACUUUUGUCAACUUGCCAAUGUGCCGAGAAGAUGAUUAACUUGAAGCUAUGGGCAUGAGGGGGUCGGAGCUGUUUUGGAGACCGUGCCCGACAAAUGGCGGGGGGCAUUUUACUUCUCUGCUUUUUCAUCUCCAAAGGAAUGGCUUUCCUGCAUUGCCACCUAGCAGUCAGCUCCGCCCUCUGAUGGAAGGACAAGAAAUGCCAGUGACAUGAGUCGAUCAUGGAAUUUUCCUCCUCUCUGGAGUUUCCUUCUCACAGACCCUUCCCUGGGACUGGUGUAAAGGAGCCUUACAAUGACCGAGAUGAAAUUCUGAGGGUUCAUUGUGACUUCCCGUCUCCUUGAAGCCCAAGAAGGUGAACUCAAGACAAGUGCACCCACACACCCUCAAAGAGACACACACUGCACCUUUAUCUACUACAGCUCAUCUUUCAUCAUCUGGUAUUUACUAUCUUGGAAGUAAGGCUACCCGGAUCAGAAUUCUGCUUGCUCAGUUAAGGCACAAGUCAUAUUUAUUGAGUGUGUACUGUGUGCAGAGCACUGUGCUAAACAGUUGGGAGAGUACAAUAUAACAGAAUUGGCAGAAUGUGUCCACAAACGUUGCUUUCGAGUGGAACAGCAAGACCAGAAUUUUGAUUUUGUGACACAACACGCACAAUUAAGAAAGUUUCUCUUCUCCAGUGUUUGACUUCUGGAGGAAGGAUAUUUACAAGUCUGAGCCUUGACUAAAUGGUUUAUCACUUUCUUUUGAAACAUUUGAAAAACACAAACAGUUUCUUCAAAGGAAGAUGUGAAAACUGUGAAUGUUGUAUCACUUUUGAUGAUGCACUCUGAGAAUACUCUAUAAAUAGUUCAGAAUAAAAUAUGUAAUCAUACUUGAAAAUGUGUUACACCAUUGGAAAAGAACAUUUUACAAAUCAAAAGCUAAUAUUAAGAAUUGACGUUACAGGACAUCUUAUACUUGACACUAGAAAAGUUCAGUUUCAUAUUUGCAAGAAAUCAAUUCAGUUGCUAGACUGACUAAAUGGAAAGUAGAAUUAAUGGCUAAAAUUUCUUCUCACCUGCUCACAUUCCAAACCUUCUCUAUGCUGCAAUGCACUGUGGAUUUAGCUUUGUCAUUUCAUUGUUAAUAUUCUAUUUUUGAAACUUCCAUUCAGUUGCAGUUGUUGCUGCACCUCCUCAGACUUCAUAUAGAUCUCUGGGCAAUGCAGGGAAUACUGGAGAAUGACAAGAGUAGAAGAUAUCCUGGGGAAAAAAAAAUCCUUCAUCUGGUUGGAUGGGGAAACUUAACAAGUCACCACUUAUAGUAAUUUAGAACUGAAAAACAACAACAACCACCUCAUAAGAUAUUCUGUGUGACACUAAUGGGCAAUAUGCUAAUUCAAAAUAAAUUCCACAAAAUAAUUAGCAUAUUUUUAAACUGCCACAUAGCUCUGAAAUAUAUAUUUAAAAGAUAUAUGAAUACAAACCAGUCAAGGUUUCUAAAAACAAGCACAAUUAAUUUUAUAAAUAGAUUUUUUUUAUUUUUUUAAUGUUUAUAUGGUGAAUCUAUAUCAGAUUACUAUUUGAUGCAUUUUUAAGCCUUGAAUAUUUUGCACUCAGAAGUACAUAGGAGCUGCCCAUAAUUAAGUCCAGAAAAGAGUUUUUCAUAAACCUCUGGAAAAUAUACCUUGGCUAACAAUUUUCCUUUUGGCAGAACAAACCCAAAUAUAGCAACUCAACAGAUAAAUCCUCCUAAAGUGAGUUGUAGAUGCUACUUUUCCUGAGUGAUCAGGCUGUGCUGCUUAUGUCUAGGCCUGACCACCUUUGAGUGAGGGACCACUUGCUCACGGCUGCUUCUCAGCGUGAGUAUGAAAAUCAUUUGUGUCUCACUUGUAAGGCCUGUUAAACAUAGGUUGAAAAAACAGGUAGGUGAGCAUAACCUGCUCUCGCCUUUCUGUUCUUGAGAAAGGAUGUCAGUAUUAAUAGCCGACCCAAGUUGAGGUUUUUGGUUUACUUCACUUUGUCGUUGCAUUAGUCAGGUCUCAAGUAAUGUUACAUAUGUGUUUCUGUUAUUCAACAGGGGCAACUGGGUAAUCUUUAUAUAUAUAUGCAUAUAUAAAUGUAUAUAUGUAUAUAUAUAUAUAUUCAUCAUACAAUUACCCAGAUGCAGUGAUGUGAGCGAGUUUCAAGGCCUCCAGGUGACCUCUGCAUGCCAGAGGCGCACACCCUUCCCAUGAGGAAGUCCAUAUAGGAGUAAUCAUUUCUUCCAGUUUCCUGUUGCAGACCUUCAUUUUGGGGUGGCUAGCAAGGGAACCUCAUGAGAUAUUUCCCAGAGUCUACGAGUCUCGGGUCCUCACCUAAGUUUCCUCCAAAGUCUCAUGGCAUAAUGGAUAGAGCAUGGGCCUGGGAGUCAGAAGGUCAUAGGUUCAAAUCCAGGCUCUGCCACAUG